AAACGACGUCGCACCAUAUGAAAACUCCAUGAAGCUUUAUUUUUCUGUUAGCGUCCACAAUUUAAGCAACAUUGCGCUUUUGCGACCGAAUUAUCAACCAUUAGUGUUACCUUAUCAUAUGUGAGUGCUUGUGAUAACUGAAUGGUGAACGCACGCAAAUUACAAUGGCCACUGACCAAAGCAUGGACGUCAAUGAUCUUUCAAAGCUAUUAUUCCAGUGCUUAUCCACCUCCGACCCAAACUUUGACUCCGAUUCUUAUCUCAACGAGUUCGAAACUCGGAAAACCAGCCCGAAGAAAGUCAACUUUGUCCAUAAAGACGUCUGCAAGUUUUUCCACAUUUUUGUGAAAUACACGAAUCAUUGUAAGGAUGAUUUCGUGGCGAUUGCUUUUGAAGAAACAGCCACUGAGAAUCUGGAUAAUGGUAAAUUUAUGACGGCGUUGGAAGGUUACAGUCGUUGUGUGGCCACAGCUGAGAGCAAAGAUUUGCUAGCUUUGGCUUAUGGUAACAGAUCGGUGUGUUUUUUGAAGCUUAAAAUGCCUAGGAAAUGUUUGGAGGACACGGAAAGAGCACUUGCCAACGACUCCACCGAAGAACUAAAGGAAGAAAUCAUUGAAAUACAAAACGACGCCAAGAAGACUGUUUUUUCACAAAGGGGUUACUACGAACCCAUUCCGGAAGUUGUCCAUUUCCAGGAAAACCCUUCCAUUCAAAGUGCUAAUAACUGUGUUAGGAUCAAAGUCAACCAAGAGUUCGGGCGCCAUGUUGUGGCCACCAGAGAUAUAAACAUUGGUGAAAUAAUAUCCGUAGAACAACCCUAUGCAUGUGUGCUAACCACCGACAAGCUAAGUCAUUGCUACUAUUGCUUAGAACUUUGCUACAACACUAUACCCUGUGAUCAUUGCACCGUAGCUCUGUACUGUAGCGACUUUUGCAAAGUCAAAGCUUAUGCCACUUACCACAAGUACGAGUGUUCGAUUUUAGCAAGCCUCUGCGACUUAGCAAAAAACAAUACCUUAUUGCUAGCCCUCAAGAUUACCCUUCUAGCUUUGGACGAUUACUAUCGAGCUUACAUUAAUGGUCUUGACGAUAACGACUGCUACCAGUCCGACAGAUACAAAGAAGUGCAACGACUGAAAACCGCAACAGCUAGAUCUAUCCGAACAGAAGUCCUCCAUAAAGCUAUCCAGACAGCAAUCGUGUUUGAAUUGUUGUCACGCCAAACCAACUUCUUCAACUGCUUCGGAGAAGACGCUAAACGGAAAUUCAAGGAGUUGAUGUUUCUACACCUGGAAAUCACCAGCAGCAACGCUGUCAAGAUCUACGAGUACACCCACAAUUCCAAUUUUAGCGAAACCACGAAUUUUGGUCUAGGGGUGUAUUCGUUUUUCUCUCUAUUUACCCAUUCGUGCUGCGCCAACGUGAUGAAGACGUUCCACGGAAGCACGAUGGUCCUCCGGGCUAUCAACACCAUUAGAAGAGGGGACCAGUGCUUUGUCAAUCGCUAUGGAAUUAGGUACGAAGCUUUCGCCAAGUCGGUAAGACAGCAAUUGUUUCACAGUUAUGGGCUUGCUGAGUGUAGAUGUAGGGCUUGUCAAGAGAAUUGGAAGCCCGUUUUGGGCGAUACUGAAGAGAUUUGUAAGAAUCUCGGGAUUAAUUCGAUGGGUUUGUGUGAUAUAAUGAGGAAUUUCAUCGGAAUGGAUAUAAAUAUUGCGCAUUAUUUGCUACCGCUUCUUAUUAAGCAGUACAAGAAGUGUGAGGAAAUGGAGCCGGUGGGAAAUGCCUUGACUAUAAAAAAAUUGAUUGUUCAUUGCUACGUUAUAUUCGGUAACAAAAAAAUGUUGUAAAGAUCGUGUAUUUGUUCGAUUUUUGCCAAAUAUUGCCUUA